AUGGUAGCAUCAAAUGGUGAGGUCGAUAAUGAACUACUAGAACAUAAACAAGAUUUAGCCAAUUUGAAAGAAACUGAUCCAGAAUUUUAUAAAUUUUUAAAAAAAGAAGAUAAAGCACUACUUGAUUUUGAUAUUGAUGAUGAUGGAGAUGAAGAAAAUGUAGAUCAAAAAUUUCAUCGGCCACCAUCCAAUCUUGAAGAAGUUCUAGAAGACGAUGAAGACAACGACAACGAAAUUCAGGGUGAAGAAGAACAAAGUCAGGUGACAGUUGAAAUGAUUGAAAAAUGGUCAGCUCAAUUAGAAAAAUCUCAGCCACCAUUAACAAUUAUAAGACAUGUUAUUCGGUCAUUUGGUGCAGCAGUUCUCUCUGCUUAUGGUACCGACGUAGAUGAUAAAAAGAAGAAAAAAAAAUCAAAAACAAAAUCGAAUGUAGCUGUCGAUAAUCCAGAUUCGUUCAAUACUAUUGUUAGAUGUUGUUUGAAACAAUUAAUACCCGCUAUAUACAGGUUUUUAAAAAUAAAACCGGAAAAGAAGAAGCUAAAACCAGAGACAAGUACAAAUUGGAAAUAUCUAAGUGAAAUUAUGAAAAAAUAUUUAAUGAGUUUUGCAAGAUUGAUAUCAAUGAUUAAUGUUCCUAGUACAUUGAAUUCACUUUUACGUCAUAUUCGAACAUUAAUACCGUUUAUUCUUGCCAUACCAAUAACACGAAAACCAAUUGUGAAAGAAUUAAUUAUCGUAUGGUCUACAGCUACUGAUGAAAAAAGUCGUGUUAUUUCAUUUGUUUGUCUAUUUCAUAUCACAAGAGAAAAUAGAAAAGAAAUAACACCGAUUGUUCUCAGGAAAAUGUAUUUUGAAUAUUUAAAAAAUUGUAAAUUUACAUCUCCAACAUCGUUACCAUUAAUUAAUUUUAUGCAACGAUCAUUAGUUGAAAUGUAUUCGAUUGCUCCAUCGAUAACCUAUCAACAUGCAUUUGUUUUUAUUAGGCAACUAGCAAUUCAUCUAAGAAGUGCAACGAUUCAAAAAAAACCAGAAAAUAUUCAAAAUGUUUAUAAUUGGCAAUAUAUUCAUGCAUUAUCAUUAUGGACAAAUGUUAUUGGCUUGUUGUAUAAGGAAGCAUUGAUAAAACAAUUAAUUCAUCCUCUAUGCGAAGUGAUUAUCGGAACAAUAAGACUUGUUCCAAUUGCUCGUUAUUAUCCAUUACGUUUUCAUUGUAUACGUUCACUUAUUAAAUUAACAACAUUAACAGACACAUUUAUUCCUGUUUUACCAUUUCUAAUUGAAGUGUUUGAUAUAACAGAUUUCAAUAAGAAACACAAAACAGCGAGUUUAAAAGCGCAAUAUAUUAAUUUUGAUACUGCUUUAAAAUUAUCAAAAUUACAAAUGGAAGAUCGUGCAUAUAAAGAUGGUCUAAUGGAUCAAUUGUAUGAAUUAUUUAUACUUUAUCUGGUCAAUUAUUCAUAUCAUUUUUCAUUUCCAGAACUAAUAUUUCCCGUUGUAUUAAAAUUUAAAUCAUUUUUAAAAACAUGUCAAAUACAAAAUUUUUGUAAAGUAAUUAAAGGUUUAUUAGAAAAAUUACAAGAAAAUGCAAAAGUAAUUGAAGAUAGACGACAAAAAACAGGUUUAAAUAUUAAAGACAUUAAACAAAUGGAAACUUGGCUUGAAAAUAGUAAACAGGAACAAACACCAUUGAAAAUACAUUAUCAACGUUAUCUAUCAUUACGACAGAGAGAAGUUUUAGAAGAUAUUGCACAAAAAGAAAAAAUAUCAGCCAGAGGUCGUGCUGAAUUACCUGAACUUAUUCGUCCAACAAAAUUUGUCAAUGAUAAACAAGAUUUUAAAAACUUAAUCGAAAAAGAUAUAAGCGACAAUGAUGAUAACGACGAAGAUGGCGAAUUUUUUCAAUUGAAAAAGAAACGAAAACAUGAUAGCGACGAAAGUGAAGAAGAAGAAGAAGAUGAAGAAGAUGAAGAAGAUGAAUUAGAUGAAAUAGAAGAAACAGAAGUGAAAAAGCCAAAACGUUCGAAAUCAGAUAGUACAUCUCAGUUUGUGAAAGAAAUAAAAAAACGUGGUGCUCGAGAUCAAUUAAAAGAUUUAACGAUAGAUGAUUUUUGA